CGAUUCGUGACCGACCGCAUCGGCGAUCUCAUCGGCUACGAGGACUGGACUUCGAACGUCGCCAUUUGUUCUGCUGCGUUGGCGUUAGAUCACACAUCCAGGCGCGUCCCCGUUUCGUGGCGCGCGUCCUGGUUCGGUCGCCACGUUCUCUCUGCUGGGGCGCGGGCGCAUCGCCUCGGCUACGGCAUCUCGCGCGAGACCCUCUUGGAGCUGGGCGCUGGUCGUGCUCGAUUGCCUACGUGGAGCUCGCGCGGCACGAGCGGCGGCGAGGCCGCCCCCUCUCCAGACGAAGGGGCCACGAGCGUGGGAUAA